CCCCUUUCCCGUCCUCGUCCUUGUGGGCGUGGCCUCCACUCAGCGCAGGGCGGGGCGUCUCCCACUUCCGGGUCGGCGCGGCCCGGCCGGUCCCGCCGCGUCGGUGUCCCGGUGUGUCCCGGCCGGUCCCGCCGUGUCCCGCCAUGUCCACGCUGUUCCCGUCGCUGCUGCCGCGCGUCACCGAGUCCCUGUGGUUCAACCUCGACCGGCCGUGCGUGGACGAGACCGAACUGCAGCAGCAGGAGCAGCAGCACCAGGCCUGGCUCCAGAGCAUCGCUGAGAAGGACAACAACCUGGUGCCCAUUGGGAAACCGGCAUCCGAGGCGAGGCGCUGGAGCUGUUGUCCCCACAGCAUUAUGACGAGGAGGAGGAGGAGGAUGACGAGGACGACGAGGACAGCGAGGAGGACUCAGAGGACGACGAAGACAUGCAGGACAUGGACGAGAUGAACGAUUAUAAUGAGUCGCCUGAUGAUGGGGAGAUUAACGAGGUGGACAUGGAGGGGGCAGAGCAGGACCAGGACCAGUGGAUGAUCUGAGCCAGAGGUUUGGGGGAGCCUGAGCCCCCCUAACGGUGGCGGAACCCUCGGGGAGCGUUUUGGUGCCGGGGGGGGCGCAGGGUGAAGCUGCGGGGGGGUGCAGAGCAAUGCUGGGGAAGCAUGUGGUGUAUUUUCUUAAUAAACUCAGUUUUUCAGAAACGGGCACAA